AUGAACGGCUGGCAGAAGGCGGUGACUGGAGGAAAGGGCAGCAAGAGCAAGGAGGUGUGUCUCUUCAACGGCGACGGCGCCGCCUGUCGCUUCGGCUCGACGGUGGCCUUCUUCGGCCUGCUGGGCGCCAUUGCCUUCCUCGUCGUGGAGGCGCUCUUUCAGAACCUCUCCAGCAUCAAGAUCCGCCGAAGGGUGGUCAUGGGCGACGUGGGGUUCAGUGGCGUCUGGGCGGCCCUCUUUUUCUUCACCUUCGCCUACCUGUCCAUCGCCUGGGGCAAGUCAGAGUACCCGCCCAUGGGCAAGGGCAUCAACAGCUGCCGGGCGGCCAUUGUCUUCUCGCUCUUCUCCAUUGGCACCUGGGGCGGCUGCUCCUGGUUCGCCUACCAACGCUGGCUCGAGGGCGCCGACAUGACGCAGUUUAGCAGCGGCUUUGACCAGGGCGAAUUCGGUGUCGGCGGCCCUGGUGGAAUGGACGGCGGAUAUGGCGCCGAUGGUGGCGCCAAUUACGCCCAGUACACUGCGGCCUCAGAUGCCGAGCCGAACUACAACUCGAAUCCGUUUGCGGCACAGCAACAGCAGCAGCAGCAAGAGAUGGGCUUUCAGCAGCCAUCUUACUGA